CCUCGUUAUAUCCUAGAAAACAUAUAUUUGAAUGUUGCCUUACAACCCGGGACUUAAUUGACACGUGAUUUUCUAGCUUGUUUUUAGCCAGAAAUACUUAAACUAAAUUCCCAUUCUCAUGGAUGGGAAUGCAGAGCAGAAAGAGAAUGACCCUGGGUCCAAUCCCAACAUUGAAAACACAGAGCUGAAGAACGAUGAGCAACUCCAGCAUACACCAGCUGAAGAGCCCUCAGAAGAGGGCAAAUCCACUAAUGCUGAUUACUGUAAGAAUAAAGCUGACACGGCUGCAGAUGAGGCUGAGGAGGUGGUAGCAGUGGAGCAGAGUGGGCAAGAGUCUGAAAAAGCUGUAGGGGAACAGGCAACAGAGGGUAUCUCAGCUGAGACAGAGGGAGGGAACCCAGCCGCUUCUGAACCAGGAGAGGGCGCUGGAGAUGAGCCACCCGCAGAACCCAACCUACCAACGAAUGAGACAUUCGAUGAGGGAGAGGUCCCGGAGAUGAAGCCUCUAAUAGGGGAGCCUCUCUCCCGCGAGAGGAGCCUCACACUCGAAGAUGUCGACAACAACGAUGAUGAUGAAGACGGACCGCCAAAACUAGACCCAGGGACUCCAGAAAGGGAGAGUUCCGUGCAGGUUGAGGAAAAGGGUCCCUCUCUAACCAAAGAGACGGGCCCCACCAUCGACUACAAAGAGUACAUGAACUUCCUUUAUGAGUUGCAGGCGGAGAAGGACAAACUGAGCCAGGUCAACGGUCAGCUCCAGAUCAAGCUGGUGGAGUACUUCCGCAAGAAGACAGGUGAUGACGCACGUCCUGAGAAGGAGAAAGCCGUGUCGGACCAGGAGCAGCGCUACCAGAAGUACAUGGCCAUCAUGGAGGACCUGAAGUGGCAGCACUGGCUGGACUCGGAGGCAGCCCAGCAGCAAGCAGAGGAGCUGAGGCAGCAGAGCCAGGAGAAGCUGGGCCAGCUGGAGACCGAGUGGAGCGCUUUCAUGGCACUGAAGCGCGACGUGGCCGUGACGGCCCUGAGCCGGCGCCUUGGGAAACAGGCGGCGGCGGUCGAGGUAGAGCAGAUCCAGGCGGCCGAGCAGCGGCGCCAGAAAGAGCUGGUCACCGUGCGCCUGGAGAAUAUCAAGCUGAAGAACAAGACGCGCAAGUUUGAGGCCACACUGCGUGCCAAGGAGAUGCUCGCUGAGGGCCUGCACCUGAUCGACUUCGAGCAGCUGAAGAUAGAGAACCAGACGUAUAAUGAGAAGAUAGAGGAGCGCAACGAGGAGCUCCUUAAACUGCGCAAGAAGAUCACCAGCACAGUCCAGGUACUAACCCAUGUGAAGGAGAAGCUCCAGUUCGUGCAGAUGGAGAACCAGGCCAAGCGGGCCCAGUUGGCUGAGGUGGAGGUGGUGGUGGCCAGGAAGAGGGAUGUGCUGACCAGGACCAAGCAGGCCAGGGAUGGCCUCCGUAUGGACAACCUGAAGCUGCGCCAGCGCUGCGGCCUGCUGGGCAACGAGAUCCUGCUGAGGGACUUUGAGGAGAAGGUCGACGCCUCAGACGACCUGGAGGAGAGGCUGGAGGGGCUGAAGAGGAGGCACGCAGAGCUCAUAUUGAAGUGUGCCGGGGUCAAGAAGAAACUGGAGUACACCAAACCCUAACCCAAACCCUAAUCCUAACCCAAACCCUAAUCCUAACCCAAACCCUAAUCCUAACCCAGACCCUAAUCCUAACCCAAACCCUAAUCCUAACUCAAACCCUAACCCAAACCUUAAUCCUAACCCAAACCCUAAUCCUAACCCAAACCCUAAUCCUAACUCAAACCCUAAUCCUAACCCAAACCCUAAUCCUAACCCAGACCCUAAUCCUAACCCAAACCCUAAUCCUAACUCAAACCCUAACCCAAACCUUAAUCCUAACCCAAACCCUAAUCCUAACCCAGACCCUAAUCCUAACCCAAACCCUAAUCCUAACUCAAACCCUAACCCAAACCUUAAUCCUAACCCAAACCCUAAUCCUAACUCAAACCCUAUUCCUAACCCAAACCCAGACCCUAACCCAAACCCUAAUCCUAACCCAGACCCUAAUCCUAACUCAAACCCUAACCCAAACCUUAAUCCUAACCCAAACCCUAAUCCUAACUCAAACCCUAACCCAAACCUUAAUCCUAACCCAAACCCUAAUCCUAACCCAAACCCUAAUCCUAACUCAAACCCUAAUCCUAACCCAAACCCUAAUCCUAACCCAGACCCUAAUCCUAACCCUAAACCUAUCUCAAACCCUAAGCCUAUCUCAAACCCUAAACCUAUCUCAAACCCUAAUCCUAAUCCAGACCCUAAUCCUAACCCAAACCCUAAGCCUAUCUCAAACCCUAAGCCUAUCUCAAACCCUAACCCAAACCUUAAUCCUAACCCAAACCCUAAACCUAUCUCAAACCCUAAUCCUAAUCCAAACCCUAAACCAAACUGAAGUGUGGAAAUCGAGGAGCGGAGGCGAGGAGAGGAAACGUGGAAACAAUAUGCUUGUAGGAAAUGAGACUCCUUCUCCACUCACCCGUCAUCAGGCAAAUGACAUUUACAGCAGUAGAAUGAAACGUGUAAAGUGCUAAGGCUAGAUGUGCAAGACAUGUUAUAGAUUAAAAGAAAAGUAGCGUGUUGUUUUGAAAUGUGUGCAUGUAAGCAACAGCUGAUUCAAAGGGGGAGUGGCAGAUUUCAAAACUCCUCUGCAGAGCAUACACAGAGGAUGCACUUCAGUAUCCAACGAGGAAAAGGGUCCCUCUCUCGAGAGGAGUUUAGAGGCAGGUAGGAGAGUCUUUGCGAAGUCUGGUGACAUGAUAAGUGAGGGUAGUAACCAAGGGGAUGGAACUUGGAGGCAGGGUUGGAGGCGGGGACUACUUGGGACAACUUCACGUCUGGUUGGCUAGGGGUUACUCCUCGGUUCACCUACUAACAAAUUGACACUCUCCUCGACCACUUAUUGGUUUCCGGGUCACGGAGGAAAGAAGGACUGAAGAGUCAAGGAGAGGACAGACUUUCCCAAUUGAGAAUCUCCCAAGGUCUAUAUGAUCAGUCAGAAAUCACCAUCUGGUCAUAGAAGGAAACCAUAUGUAUUAUAAUAAGUAGUCUGUUAUUUUAUUUGCUGACAUGUUUUAGUUGUUUUGCAUUUACAACCCCUGAUAAUAUAAUAACAGUUGUCAUGAAGGAAAUUGUCAUACUCAA